ACAUCCCUCAGCCAACCGUGGAAUACACUUCAGUAAGUGCUGAGGACAGCCAUCUAUUCAGGGUUUAUUGUUAAGUCCAAGAUGAAAAUCUAUGAGAACUGCAUUCAGUGAAGUUUUUUGCUGGUAUCCAUUGACAACAUGAUUUUUGGUACCACUUUUUUCAAUAUCAAUCUCAAUUUUCUAAACAGAUUGGGCUGAAGUCCGCAGCCCAUGAUGAGAAACCAUACAAGGCUGAUGACAUUCAUUCUGCUGGGACUGACUGAUGACCCACAACUUCAAGCUUUGAUAUUUAUCUUCCUGCUUGUCACCUAUAUGCUGAGUGCGACUGGCAAUCUGACGAUCAUCUCCCUCACCCUAGUGAAUUCUCAGCUUAAAUCUGCCAUGUACUUUUUCCUCCAAAAUUUCUCCUUCUUAGAGACCUCAUUCACUACGGUCUGUAUCCCCAGAUUCCUUUAUAGCAUGUCUACUGGAGACAAGACCAUUACUUAUAAUGCCUGUGCUAGUCAGCUAUUCUUUGUCAUCUUUUUUGGAUCAACAGAAUUUUUUCUCUUGGCCGUCAUGUCCUAUGACCGCUAUGUGGCCAUCUGCAAACCCCUGCAUUAUGUGACCAUCAUGAACAGCAGAGUCUGCAGAAGGUUUGUCCUCUCCUGUUGGGCUGGAGGCUUGUUCAUCAUAAUCCCUCCACUUAGCCUAGGCUUAAAUCUGGAGUUCUGUGACUCUAACAUCAUUGAUCAUUUUCUCUGUGAUGCAUCACCUACCCUCAAGAUCUCUUGUUCAGACACAUGGUUCAUAGACCAGAUGGUUAUAGCCUGCGCCGUGAUGACCUUCAUCAUGACCCUUGUGUGUGUAGUUCUUUCCUAUGUAUACAUCAUCAAGACAAUCCUAAAAUUCCCCUCUGCCCAGCAAAGGGAAAAGGCUUUUUCCACCUGUUCGUCCCACAUGCUUGUUGUAUCCAUCACCUAUGGAAGCUGCAUCUUCAUUUACAUUAAGCCCUCAGCAAAGGAAAAAGUGGACAUUAAUAAGGGUGUGUCAGUGCUCACCACUUCCGUUGCCCCAAUGCUAAACCCCUUUAUAUAUACCCUGAGGAACAAGCAAGUGAAGCAGGCAUUCAGUUAUUCAAUCAAAAGAAUGGCAUUUUUCUCAAAGAAAUAGGAAAAUAUUGAAAUUGUGGAUCCAAAUUAUUAUGACAGCUUGGUGUCGUCUUUAGCUUAGGACAAAAGCAGAUCAGCAAACUCUUUUUGAUGAAAAAUAAAUAGAAAAAGAGAAAGUAAGCUUUAUAUAUUAUAAGAGCAAUGUCACAAAGUUAAUAUUUGGUGAACCUAACAAUAAAAAAAAAUUGAACUUCAGCCUUACGCCUUUUUAAAUUCUUUUUUAAAUAAUUCACCUGGACUGUAUUUACAAAAUAUGAGUAUGCAACAAAUUGAAGGUAG